CCUACUCACUCCCUGAGCUACUGCUGUCCACACACGCGAGAUCACGCUAUCUCACGAGACUUCUCGCGGUUGCUCCUAUAACUAUGCCCUGAUAGUACUCAACUCGACUGUACUUAUAUUUGGUUUUAUUUUGUUCUGCAAAGUGUGUCCGCACAUUCAGACAAUGCUUUCUAUUUUAGCGUGUGGAAUGGUGUUCUUCCCAGGUCUGUUCUACGGCUUGAGGAAAGUGCUGAAGUCCGCCUUUACACACUGGAGUGAUGCGGAUGUGGUGGUUGUUAGCGAAAGAUUGGUCUCCUCCGUCCAUGCGUCGUUGGCCACUGUGUCUGGAGUCCUGGUGGUAAACACCUGCAGGGAUGUAAUGAAUGACCGACACUGGCUGGUGAACAGCUUUGUGCUCUUUGGGGCCCCCUACAUGGCCUAUGACCUCUACGCCAUGUACCUGAGCCACUACCACCAGCAGAGACUGAUAAACAACAGUGCUGCUCACCAGAACCACUCUCUGCAGACGGUAAAGGCGUUCCUCUCGAAGGAGCGACUGCUGGUCUUCCAUCACAUGGCCCUCCUUCUUGUUUUCAUGCCCAUUGUUCUGUUCUUCAGAAGAGACCUUGGAGACUUCUUUAUAGCUUGUUUUUGGAUGACAGAGUUCAGCACUCCCUUUGUUUCAUUGGGGAAGAUUCUCAUUCAGUUGGGCUUGGAGAACAGCAAGCUCCACUGGAUCAAUGGGGUCAUGGUUCUCUGCAGUUUCUUCACCUGCCGAAUACUGCUCUUCCCUUACAUGUACUGGAUGUACGGUCAGCAGUUUGACCUCCCCCUACACAGUGUUCCCUUCCACCUGCCAUUGCACUGCAACGUGGGCAACCUUUCUAUCAUGGUCCCCCAGGUCUACUGGUUCAUAUUGCUGGUGAAGAAGGCACACAGACUCUACCGGAGGAAGGUUAAAGACCAGGGGCCAAAACAAGAGUGAAACUUUGAAUGGCACCUUUAAAAACAAUUGAAAGGUAGUUUAAUUAAUUGAUGGCUUUGUCCCCAGAGGCACUAAACCCAUUGUGAACGUGCCAUACGAAACAACAUGAAUUUAUAAAUUCAAAAUCUGACAGGAUCUUAACAAAUUUUGUCCUUUGUUUUACAAAAGUUUGUUUUGUAAUGCUGGUGGUUCUAUGGGGAAUUUUCCUAAUAAAAUAAAGUAAAAUUGUAUUCUGCUUGUCAACAUGUUUGUAAGUGUCUUAAACCAAGUCAAAAGCUUAGAGAUGAGAUGUCUCUUUCCUUAUUCUAAAUGGACAAUGCAGUCAAGUGGUAAGAAAUUGAAGAGCCAUAUUACGGAUAGAUGACAGUGAAGUGAUGCUUUGAAGUAUUAGCUUUAUCCUGGUGGGUAAAUCAUUAACACAUCCCAGUGUAGCAUGAAACCAUGGCCAGUUAUUUUUUGAUAUAACCUUUUUAUUUAUGUUUCAAAAAAAUCUUGUAAUGAGGGCAGUAUUUGAAACAAAGGAAUAGCAGAGCAUGGCUUCUUUUUCAAGGGGUAGAAGACAAGAGCUUGGCUAUUUUCUGGUGCAGUACCGCCUUCAUCUCCUGACUCUCCAGGUUGUCUGUGAUGGUG